UCGUACUGUCGGGACGGGUCGCGAAACUUCUCGAACGCUCCUGAAGAUUCGCAUCGCAUCACUGGGAACAUUUGCAGUCAUUGGACGAUGGAGUCCGAUAAUUCUCGAAGAAGGGCAAAUUGUAUAAAAAGAGUAGCCUUCAGCUGGUCUGUUCAAGCUGACGAAGAGCACAUCAGAGAAAAGGCGACAGCAGUUGAACAAUAUUUAUACGCGAGACACCAACGGAUACCGAGCUUUCUUCUUUCUGACACGUGUAUCAACAAUCAAGAAAAAUGUCUUCUGCAAAAGGAGUGUCAAUCGGGAUUGAUCUGGGAACCACCUACUCCUGUGUGGGUGUGUUUCAGCACGGAAAGGUGGAAAUCAUUGCCAACGACCAGGGCAACAGAACCACCCCCAGCUACGUAGCCUUCACAGACACCGAGAGGCUGAUCGGAGAUGCUGCCAAGAACCAGGUGGCCAUGAACCCCAAUAACACCGUCUUCGAUGCCAAGCGCUUGAUCGGCAGAAGGUUCGACGAUCCCGUCGUGCAAUCAGAUAUGAAGCACUGGCCCUUCAAGGUAGUCAGCAAUGGAGGAAAGCCCAAAGUUGAAGUGGAAUACAAAGGAGAGAGUAAAGCAUUCAACCCUGAAGAAAUCUCCUCGAUGGUGCUGGUUAAAAUGAAGGAGAUUGCUGAGGCCUACCUGGGGCAGAAGGUGUCAAAUGCGGUCAUCACUGUCCCCGCGUACUUCAACGACUCUCAGCGCCAGGCCACCAAAGACGCCGGCGUGAUCGCCGGGCUCAACGUUCUGAGGAUCAUCAACGAGCCCACGGCAGCCGCCAUCGCCUACGGCCUGGAUAAAGGCAAGAGAGGGGAGCGCAACGUCCUGAUCUUUGACCUGGGCGGAGGCACCUUCGACGUGUCCAUCCUGACUAUUGAGGAUGGGAUCUUUGAGGUGAAGGCCACCGCCGGUGACACGCAUCUGGGCGGGGAAGACUUUGACAACCGCAUGGUCAACCACUUUGUGGAGGAAUUCAAGAGAAAGUACAAGAAAGACAUCAGUCAGAACAAGAGGGCGGUGAGGAGGCUGCGCACAGCAUGCGAGAGGGCCAAGAGAACCUUGUCUUCCAGCUCCCAGGCCAGCAUCGAGAUCGACUCCCUCUACGAAGGCAUCGACUUCUACACGUCCCUCACCCGGGCACGCUUUGAGGAGAUGAACGCCGAUCUCUUCAGGGGCACUCUGGAGCCUGUUGAGAAAGCCCUGAGGGAUGCCAAAAUGGACAAGUCACAGAUCCAGGACAUUGUUCUGGUCGGAGGCUCUACCCGAAUUCCUAAGAUCCAGAAGCUCCUGCAAGAUUUCUUCAACGGCAGGGAGCUGAACAAGAGCAUCAACCCAGACGAAGCAGUGGCCUACGGGGCGGCUGUCCAGGCUGCCAUCCUCAUGGGUGACAGUUCUGAGAAUGUUCAAGACCUGCUGUUGCUGGAUGUGGCUCCGCUGUCCCUGGGCAUUGAGACAGCAGGAGGAGUCAUGACCGCUCUCAUCAAGCGCAACACGACCAUCCCGACCAAGCAGACCCAGACCUUUUCGACCUUCUCCGACAAUCAGCCCGGUGUGUUGAUCCAAGUGUUCGAGGGAGAGAGGGCCAUGACCAAAGACAACAACCUGCUGGGCAAGUUUGAGCUUACGGGCAUCCCUCCGGCUCCACGCGGGGUCCCGCAGAUCGAAGUGACCUUUGACAUCGACGCAAACGGCAUUCUGAACGUGUCGGCAGUGGACAAAAGCACUGGUAAAGAGAACAAGAUCACCAUCACCAAUGACAAGGGUCGGCUGAGCAAAGAGGAAAUUGAGAGGAUGGUGCAGGAGGCCGACAAGUACAAGGCCGAGGACGACCUCCAGAGGGAAAAGAUCGCAGCCAAGAACUCUCUAGAAUCCUACGCCUUCAACAUGAAAACUAGCGUGGAGGAUGACAACCUUAAAGGCAAGAUUAGUGAGGAUGACAAGAAAAAGGUUAUUGAGAAGUGCAACCAGGUUAUCGCCUGGCUGGAGAACAAUCAGUUGGCCGAAAAGGAGGAAUAUGAACAUCAACGGAAAGAGCUGGAGAAAGUGUGUAAUCCCAUCAUCACCAAGCUGUACCAGGGAGGAAUGCCAACUGGAAGCUGUGCAGACCAGGCGCGGUCCAGUGAAGGGUCCAGCUUUCAAGGACCCACCAUUGAGGAGGUGGAUUAAAAGUGCUGAACUACUCAACACAACAGUUUGCUGCACAAUGGACUUAUUUUCUGAUGAAAACCUGUUUGAGGGGGGUUUUUUCUCUUCACAAGUUUUCAAUUUCUGUGUUCAAAUGGUUGGUUGUACCUGAUUUUGUAACCGGUGUCAAUACUUCGUGUUGAAUACUACAUUUUAAUACUAAAUAUUUCCAAUUGUAUUGUAAUGGUUAGGUGUCUUGUAUGUUUCAUAGUUUAAAAAGCUUUUUUGUUGUUUUUUUUUAUUACAAAUGAAUGUGCACUUUGUAAAUAUGAAUGGAUGGAAGUGUGUAACCAAGUACUUGUGGGAAUGUUGGUCUUUUCAGCUGUAUUUAUUUUUCAUGAGAUGGACUUUGGGUGAUGGCAAUAAAUAAUUUUAAAUAUUA